AUGACGACAAGAGGGAAUUAUCUCCCGCUUCAGAUAUCGGACCGCGAUGUGUCGAACCGAACCCAAGGCUUCACACGGCCGUACGCGAAGCAAGUGAUUGUCGCGACGGCCCUCGUGUUGCUGCUCCUGUUCGGCCUGUCGAGGACGUCCUCCUCACGUGGCAUAGGCAGCACGCGACAUCCCGUUAGCGAUGAAUUCAGCUACAACAGUACAACCAAUGAUAUCGCAUACGUACAGUCGGGGCACAUGCAUGACUGGCAAGCGAUCGCGCUGCUGUACACGCGCUACUCACACCCCGACGCGACGAUUCAUCUGCUCCGGCAUCCGUUUGACGGCCCGGCGGUGGACGACAUCAAGGUCGAUUGGCCCUCGCUCUUCCGAGCCGCCGUCGUGACGGUCGUUUGGGUCGAGGAGAAUACUGAUUCGAACCGACAACUCGCGCACACGUACAAGCACUCGUCGCUGAACCCGGUCGCAUACGAGUUGUUCUGCUUCCAGCGAUGGGCAACGCUCUACCAAUACCUGACCACGCAGAAGAUAGACAGGUGCGAUUGAAGAUACACAGAAAGCGUGAAUUCUAUUUCCUAUCUUUUCUUUGGGCUGACCUUUUGCGUGCCACAUUCCCUAGUGUGCUCGUCUUGGACGCCGACAUCUUCCCGAUGACCAACAUUCUCACGCGCUUCCCGUACAAGGAUUGGCUCCCAGAAGAGCGCGGCGUAUACAUGCAGUUCUGGUCUCGCGAAAGGAUGGGCGCGUUCGUCUUCUACAUUAACAGCUUCUACGAUCGACCGGCACGGUCCGUCUGCGCCGAUCUCGAUGCCAUCGGGGGCAUUUACGAAACACCCAUGUGGGACGACCAAUGGGUCAAGAAGCAGCUCGUUGAUUGCGGCGACCAAAGACCCAAGCAAGUCAGCGAUAUGUUCCUGUUUGUCGAGUUUCAACGCGUCUACUCCAUCACCCCCGUCAUCAAGUACAAGCCAGAGAACCGUAGACUUCACGCCGCGGUCGGGCAACCGCACACCAUGGGCGAUGAUGUGUGCGUCUCGCUCGAGAAGUUCAGGUCCCAUGCCAACUGGAUGACGGACGAGACACAGGACCGACGAAUGCGUAUCGAGGCGACCGAGGACGUGCUGUGGGCCCUCCACAUGCAGGGAGAUUGCAAGGAGUGGACAUGCGCAGUGUUCUGCCCGAAGCUAGAGCCAGCCCACCGUAAGCUGGUGAAUUGCUGCCGAAAUCUCGCCUGA